AUGAGGGAAUGGAGCUUGGAAAAUGAGGUGGAAAGAUUCGUGAGCGAGGCGAGGAAAAGACAAGAUAAGAAGGACAAAACAAAUGAAGAAUGGAGAAGACAAGAAAAAGAAAAGCUCAUUGAAGAAAAGCCAAAAAAAAUUAAUGGAAAUGAGCUGGAGGAAGAACUAAAAGAAAGGAAGCAAAAAAGAGCAAGAGGUGAUGAAGGUGGGGAAAUAACUUACGUCGGGGGAGACGAAGAGAGUUUAGGAUCAGUAAUUGACCUAAUACUAACGCUGGACAGAGGCGAUGAGCAAGAAAUAGAGGUAAGAGUGGUGGAAAGAAUAGAGUCAGAUCAUCUACCAGUGUUGGCGAGAUAUAAGGUAAAGAGAAAUGAGGAAGAGAGUAAGGAAGGAAGCUGCAUGUCAGAGGAGGAAGAGCAGGAAGAAAUCGGAGCAAAUAAGCUGAUCUGGAAGAAAGAAAAAAUACAGGAGUAUGCAGAAGCAACGCAGGAAGCACUGACAGAAGCAGUAGAGGAAAAAAACGAGCUUAAGUGGGAGGAUAUAAAGGAAAUAGUAAGAAAAGGGGCUGAAAAAACGGGGAUGGUGAUGAAAGGAAAGAAGGACAAAGAUACAAAGGAGAAAAAAAAGUGGUACAAUAUCGAGGGUAAAAAAAAAGAAAAGAAGUUCAGAGGAAGAAAGAAAAGAGCUGCAAGCAACAGCAUAAAAGCAAAACAAUGGGAAAAGCACUUUAGUGAUCUGCUGAAUGGGGAAGGCAAUGAAGAAUCGGAAGAAGAAGAAAAUGAGCCGUGGAAAGGAGAAGGUAGUAAUGAAGGAUCAGAGGAGCCGAAGCUCGAUAAAAACUUCAGCAGGAGAGAAGUGAAAGCCGCAAUAAGAAAGCUCGGGAAUCACAAAGCUCCAGGGGAUGACGGGAUGACAGCAGAAUUUAUAAAGAACAGUGCACCAGAUGUCAUUGAAUGGAUAGGCGAAAUUAUAAAUAGAAUAUGGGACGAAGGAAGUAUGCCAGAAUGA